AUAUAAACAAAAAAAAAAAUUAAAAAACACUUGAAGACGUGGCCAAUUCGAAGCCAGAUGGUGACCAUUUUCAGAUAAGUGAAUUCCCACCAUGAAAAUAGAACAUACAGUAAACUACCAAAAUACAAACUAUCAAACAUUGUGCAUAAGUUGUUGAAGAAGAAGAAGAUCUACAUUCUACAGACUAAAAAGGAAACACCCUCAAUCUUUUUUACGAUAUCAUUCUACCAGAAGCCCUUCGAAAGAUGGGCACAAUUGGAUUUACAAGUUUCGGGUUUCCAUUAAAAACCAGGAACCAAAACCUUCCUGUUGUUGCUUCUAGUUCCUCCUCCCCUGAAAGAAUCAGUUCAGAAGAAAACGGGUGUGAGGUUUUGAGAAGAAGAACAGCAAUCGUAUCUGGAGCUUCAUUGGUGUCUUCAGCAAUAUUAGGAUUCCCUAAAGAGGGAUUGGCCGUCGUCAAGCAAGGACUUUUAGCCGGUAGAAUUCCAGGCUUAUCUGAACCUAAUGAACAAGGUUGGAGGACUUACCGCCGACCAGAUGAGAAGUCCGGCGGCCAUGGAGUUGGCUGGAGUCCGAUCAUUCCGUACGCCUUUUCAGUGCCUGAUGGUUGGGAAGAGACACCAGUAUCGAUAGCUGAUCUUGGAGGAACGGAGAUUGAUCUGAGAUUCAGUAGCCCAAGUGACGGACGCCUGUUCGUCGUCGUUGCACCAGUUCUCAGAUUCGCAGAUUAUCUAGAGGAUGAUGCCAGGAUAGAGAAGAUCGGAACUCCAGAGAAAGUGAUCAGUGCAUUUGGACCAGAAGUAAUUGGAGAGAAUGUAGAAGCCACUGCUGCUGGAAAUCGUCUCUAUUUGUUCAAUGUUCUUGCAAAUGGUCUACAAUGGAAGAGGCACAACAAGGACCUGAAAAAGAUAGCGGAUUCUUUUAGGGUUGUAUAGAGGGAGGCAACAUACAGAUGAUAGUAUACUGUAUACAUGAUCUUGUUGUAUAAACGUGCCAUUGAAAACAUUAUAUUUUAGUUUUGAAUUUUGAAGCAACCCAUGAUCGACAUGCUUGAAAAAUAUAAUAACACUUUGGGGUUUGAAAGAUAGUCAGCAAGAUGAUUGAAACAAAGCGAAAUAGCAAAAUCAUGGAUGAGAAUUUUUGUGAUCUUGAAAGUACCAUUCUUUUUUUAAAAGUAUCGGGUAAAUUGCAAUGAAGUCACUAAGUGAACUAAUUCAUUUUAUUUACAAUUUUGUUACAAUAUGAAUCAAAAUAAGAGUUCUUUUUGUUCUCCCUAUAACAAAUCUUCGUAAAUUGCAAUAAAAUCAUUAAGUCUACC